UCACAGUAGGAACCAGCAGGAGAGAAGAAAACAAUGUACGACCGAAGGAUGCUGACGAAGCUGAGCGAAGCACUGUGGAACUAUCACAGCCUUCUCCUGAUCAUCCUCACGCCGCUGCUGCUGCUCCCUCUUCCUCUGGUCAUCGGAACAAAGGAGGCAGAAUGUGGCUUUGUGUUGCUGCUGAUGGCAAUAUACUGGAUAACAGAGGUCAUUCCACUGUCCAUGACCGCCAUGCUCCCCGCCAUCCUCUUCCCCCUGUGUGGUAUCAUGUCGUCCUCCAAUGUGGCAAAGGAGUAUUUUAAUAACUUCCACUUCCUGCUUGUGGGUGUUAUCUGCCUCGCCACGUCCAUCGAGAAGUGGGGCCUCCACCGCAGAGUCGCCCUGAGGCUCGUCACCUUGGUGGGGGUCAACCCUGCUUGGUUGUUGCUUGGCUUCAUGUCCGGCUGUGCCUUCCUCUCAAUGUGGGUCCAAAACACAUCAGCUGUUACCAUGGUGAUGCCCAUCGUAGAUGCUGUUCUCAAACAGAUUCUAAAGGCGAAUGAAGAGGGAUACUCUGGUGAAGACAACCCUACCCUGGAGCUGGACGAAAUCAACAACUGUACUGCAAAAAAUAAAGAAGCUCUGAGUGACAGCACAGAGCCAGAUGUCCCCACAGAAACCUUCACUUCUGUUCAAAUACCAGCAGAGUCGCAGCCUGCAGCAGACGAGGCUGCAGAAAACGUACCCACGGCCUCCCACAGGGACACAGGAUGUCAACAGGGUCGGAUGCUAUGCAAAGCCAUGUGCAUCGGCAUUGCCUACUCCUCCAACAUCGGCGGCAUCACCACGCUGCCCGGAACCUCUCCUAACCUCAUAUUCGCUGAGCACCUCAACCGCGUUUACCCAGACUGCAACAGCAUCAACUUUGCCAACUGGCUCCUGUUGUGCCUGCCCAUCAGUGUUAUCAUGCUGCUGAUGACAUGGUUGUGGCUGUAUUGGAUCUUCAUUGGCUCAGACUUCAAGUUCCUGUGGCAGUGUCGGGGAGAGCAGUCUGAGAGAGAGAGGGCGGUGAAAAAGGUGCUGGAAGACGAGUACAAGAAGCUGGGAGCCAUUCGUUCUCAGGAGAUCUUCACCGGGGUGGUUUUUGUGGUCAUGGUUUUGUUGUGGUUGACCAGAUCUCCAGGUUUUAUACCCGGCUGGGCUUCCCUCUUCCCUCAUAAAUCCAACUACAUCACAGAUGCCACUGUGGCUCUGGUGCUGGGCGUCCUCCUCUUCAUCGUACCUGCUCACGGACCCUCCAGAAAAUAUGAGUCAAUGAUUUCCUGGAAAGAGUUUCAGGCCUCCAUGCCGUGGCAAGUUGCCCUGAUGGUCAGUGGAGGCUUUGCCCUCGCUAAAGGUGCAGAGGAGUCAGGUCUGUCUUUAUGGCUGGCCAGGCUGAUGACACCUCUGGGCGACCUCCCGGUCUUAGCCACAGUCACAGUGGCCUGCCUCCUUACCACCACACUGACAGAGGUGGCCAGCAACGCUGCCACCAUCACCAUCUUCCUCCCCAUUCUCUCUCCUCUGGCCGAGGCCAUACACGUCAACCCUUUGUACAUCCUGAUCCCCGCCACCCUGUGCACAUCCUUCUCCUUCCUCCUGCCAGUGUCCAACCCACCAGGUGCUGUGGUGUAUGGCUAUGGACACUUUACCACCCUAGAUAUGGUUAAGGCGGGACUUGGCGUCAACACGAUUGGAGUCCUCGCCGUCCUGCUGGCCAUGGCAACUUGGGGAAUUCCUUUGUUCUCGCUGGAUACGUACCCCGACUGGGCACCGACCUUCAACUCCACGACGCCUUGAUGAGCGGACUCCGGGCGUAGUUUUCAGUGGUCAGACUCUGAAAGAGUCCUGAAAGAGACUCAAAAAAGGCUCCCGAGUUCGACGCUUAAGAAAUAGAUUAAUGUGCUUUAACUAACCCAAAGCUGAAUGGGUGUAUUCAUGUUUCUGUAGUGGUGUUACUGCUUCCUCUCCACCAACAGGUAAACAUUUAGAAGCCCCUGUUUCGGUGCUGCAGUCGCGGUAAACCUGGUUGCCAACAAAAAACAUUUAAAGAAGUCAUGUUGUCAGCAAAUCUAAUGUGCAGACCCAGGCUAAUAAUCAGUUUAUCUUACUACAUCUUCUUUUUCUCUAUCAUAACACUCCACUGUUUUUCAAAAGUCAGGAUGAGAUAUCCUCCUAAAAAUCCCCCCAAAUACUCCCAAACUGCAGCUUAGCAGAGAAGAGAAUGACGUCUUUGCUGCCGUCCUGAGUCAUUUUGCAUUCAACAAUAGACGCCCAGCCCUGAAAACCUUUGGAUUUGCACUUCUUCAUUGCACCUUUUGAAAGUUAUUUACUAUACUUUAUAGGUAAAUUAAUAUAAAAAAAAUUUGCCAACUGAAGUUUGAUGUCACGGAAUGUUACUGGAAUAAACAAUCAGAGCAA